AUGGCAGCAUCUAGCUGGAUCACAGUGCCCCAAGGAUGUCCAUUUACUUUAGCCAAUAUCCCAUUCGGCAUCAUCACGACGUUGCAAAACAAUUCCAGGCGUCCCGCAAUUGCCAUUGGAGACUUCGCACUUGAUCUUAGCACAUUCGCUGCACAAAGAGGCUUCGACGGUCUUUCAGCGGUCAACAAGGACAAUAUUGUCGUUUUCUUCCAACCAACGCUCAAUGACUUUGCCGCGCUUGGUCGACCUUUUCAUCGGCAGGUUCGAGCAUACCUCCAGGAGCUCCUGUCUGAAAACACAAAGCUACCAGAGGUCCUCAGAGACAAUGAUGAACUACGAGAAAAAGCCUUUAUAUCCAUGAAGGAUAUUGAAAUGCACCUGCCCAUGGAAGUUCGAGGCUACACGGACUUCUUUGCCGGCAAGAACCACGCCUUCAAUUGUGGAUGCAUCUUUCGAGAUCCAAAGAAUGCGCUUCAGCCGAACUAUCUGCACCUUCCGGUCGGCUAUUCAUCUCGUGCCUCUUCCGUUGUGGUGUCAGGAACGCCCAUUCGGCGACCACUGGGUCAAUAUCUCGAAAAGCAGGAACUUAAAGUUCCCGUCCUUGGGCCUUGCCGCCGUCUGGAUAUCGAAUUGGAAUUGGGAGCGUUUCUGUGCAGGUCCAAUCCUAUGGGCGAGCCCAUUGACGUCGAUGAAGCUGAAGACUAUAUCUUCGGCCUCGUCUUACUGAAUGACUGGUCCGCCAGAGACAUACAGCAAUGGGAAGCGGUUCCCCUUGGACCGUUCAACGCAAAGAACUUUGGUACAUCAGUGAGUGCCUGGGUCGUCUUGACGGACGCGUUGUCCCCUUUCCGAACACCGGGAAUGGCAAACGAGACGACGCUUUUGCCGCAUCUACGCCAGUCCAGGACAGACAACGUGUUUGAUAUCAACUUGGAAGUCGAAUUGACUCCUGCCAGUGGUGAACCAGCAAUUCUCAGUCGAACAAACGGCAAAAAUUUGAUCUUCUCAUACGCGCAAAUGCUCGCUCACCACACAAUAGGUGGAUGCCCAAUGGAGGUUGGCGAUUUGAUAGGAUCAGGGACCAUAAGCGGAGCACAGCCCGGAACUUUGGGGUCGUUGCUAGAGGCAAGCAACGGUGGAAAGCAAUCCUUCGCAUUGUCGAAUUCCCUGCAUAGAACAUUCUUGGAGGAUGGAGACACGGUCACCAUUCGAGGAUGGUGUGGUAGCGACCCGACGACGAUGAUAGGCUUUGGAGAAUGUAGUGGUCGAAUCGAGCCUUCGCCGAAGACAAGGUGGCUUCAUUCAUAG